GGCUGUUUGUAUUUUAAUGGGUCGUACGCGAAGGUAUUCUCAACCUUAUGAACUUGACCGUUAAUUAAAUUAACGGAUAUCUAUAGUUGAAGGAUAUUAUCGAAGCAAAGCACGAUCACAGGAAGUGCGUGAACAACGCACAACGCGAUCAUGGUGGCUGAGCUCAUUGACAUUUCUACGAGGAAUACCGCCGAGUGGACAGCAGUUGGAGAUAUUCGCAAUAAGCAUUGGAGAAGACCUAAAUGGAUCAAGAUUGCGACUCGUGAACCGAUUUACAACAGAGUUCUCGACGUUAACGAGAGGAAUUUCGUUGUUGUCGUCUUGGAAUCAAAAACGCUACAAAAUCGUCUUACCCUACGAUUAGAUUCAGAGGAGUACGCGUUUAAUAAGAAAAAGGUGCGAUCGAAAAAAGCAGCACUUUUGCACGAAAUGCACACUAACGUGAACGAUACAGAAGAUGUCGGCAAGGACGAUGACGAUUUUCAAGAUGUUGACCAUUCCCGUUUAACCGCUGUAGUCGUUCCCAGAGGUAUAGUCGGUUUGAUCGGACCCUACAGAGUUUAUCAAAAUCCUAACGAGAAAAGAGAGUAUAUGCUGCGAGAGGAAGAACUCGUAGAGGAGAUCGUAGAUUCUGUCAGUGUUUCUCAGGAAACUCAUAGAAGAGCAAAAUGGAAGAUCAAAGAGGACGACGAGGAAACCUUGGUUUUUCCUGAUAUAUCCGAUUCCGAAUGGAAGAUAGUCGAUGAGCGUUGCUUCGAGGACGAGAUCGAAGAUUCCAAUAAAGUCGAAGGAAUUCUUUCUGGUAAGGAAGAAGGAGUCGACGUUAACGUGUCCGAAAUUUCCUUUCAUGAUAUUCCGUCGAAGAAAGAAAAGGCAAGUAACGAACAACAGGAUAAGGACAGUUUGAACGAGACGACGAGUACAGCGGGUGGCAACGUGGAAGGUAUACCAAGUGGUAUACCAAGUGGUACUCCUGGAAGGGGUGAAAGGAAUAACGAAAAUGAAUCCGUACCAGCGCAGUUAUCUUCCUCUUCACCACCCUCAAGAUCUUUAGUAUCCAGGAUUCUUGCGAGAGCACGAUCAUCGCCAAACGAUUUGCUCGACCAUACCGAUCCAUUUUCUCAAUUAUGGAUCGUUCUGUCCAAUGUUUACGGAGAAUUGGUGAUAGUGGUAAUGAUGGCACUAUGUUUAGCCGAAGUCAUGGAUACGCCCGUUCCUCUUCUCAGCUUGCAGGGUAUCUUUUUAAUGUAUCUCUACGUCGGAAGUAUUGCUGUUAUCAUCGGUAUAUAUAUUUGGGUAUUGCUCGAUAGCUGUGCGAGUAUUAACGGUAUUAGAAGUGACGUGGAAAUCGGUGGUACUUCUAUUACGAGGUUCGGAUCAUUGAAACGUGCUCAUAUUUCUCGAGCUAGAACAGCACCCACAAGCUUUUACAUCCGCGUCGGUGCACUUUUAUUUGGAUUAGCUACUCUGGUCUUCAAUGGUUUAGAAAUGGCAAUGCACUCGAUGAUGCAAGGCGCUGAAUGCUUGAGCGAUGUCAUUUUUGCGCAUCCCGUAUUGCAUGGAUUAUUUACCUUUUUACAAAUGCAUUUUUUAUUCGUUAAUUCUCAAGUGCUCGUCGAAAGAUUCGGUUUAGCUGCCAGAUUUGGUUUUACGCAUCUUGCAGCGACAAACAUAGCCGUCUGGGUGCGUCUUGUUAUUUGGGACUCUGCUCAAGAAUGGACUUAUUUCGUAUAUUUGGCUGAACGAGGACCUCAUACAUCUGCAUCCACUUUAAAUCUUCGUGGAUUUCCCGGUUCUUUAACGAGAAAUUCUCGUGAUCUUGUAGUCGAUCACUUGUCGGAAGAUAGGUCGGAAGAUAGGUCGAUGAUGAUGUUCAGGCCGUAUCGACCAAUUUCGAAUGAACAAAUUUCACAAGUGAUUGCCUUACAAGAGUGUUUAAACACAAAUACGCUUGGACAAUUGUGGACAUCGAGUUUACCAUUUCUUUAUCCUUUCAUCGUACAAUUUAGUUUAAUCGCAGCCGCCGUAACAUUUGUUAUGGGACAAAAUGUGGGUCGAAGUCGCAUAGCUCAGAAACAAAAAUUCCACGGCGGUAGCAAGGAUUUAACGAGUCACUCGCGACGAGUAGGUUGCGAUGGAUCUAGCAAAGGUCUCUUUCUUGGAAUACUCUGCAUGGUAGCCGGUAUCGUAGUUAUCUUGAUCUUCCUAGUUGUUAGGGAGGACGAACAUUUCUCAAAUAUUACUUUAUCUUGGUUGACAUGCGGCACCUUAAUCGGUAUUCUGGCAUUAAGCGGUUUGAUGACAUCAACCGGCUUGAUACAAAUUCGUCAAAUGCCCGUAAUAACCAAGGCACCUGCCGCUCUCGACAGUAUCCUCUCGAACGUUGCCAUUUUUGGAGUUCAACUGUAUUCUAUUUUUACGAUCGUGGUAUGCGCUUGUUCUUUGGCUUUACUCGAAAAUGAAAACGAAGAAAAAAGGGAAGAAGCCCAAUCGGAGGAGGAUGGAAACGCAAGGCAGACGCGCGGUAGACACAUCAUGUUACUAUCGGUUUCGAUCCUACAAUUGAUUCAAUGCUUCGCGCAAAGCACCUUCAUUGCUGAAACAUCAAGGAGAUCCUGCAUUACGCGAUUUCAAAUGUUAGCCAAGCCAGGACGCCAGGUCAUCACUUUCCUUUUAUUCACCAAUGCCGUUUUAUGGGCUUUCGAUACUGUAAUCACGCAAAACUGGUUAUCCCAAGAGUUGCAAUUAAGAUUUUUCGGUGUUCUUGUAUGGGGCAUUUUAUCGAGAAUCGGUUUACCGUUAUUAAUAUUCUAUCGAUUUCACAGUUGCGUACUUUUAUUAGAAGCCUGGAACAAAUGCUAUAGAACGCCCAUAGGUGAACAUCCGCUCAACUGACGGCGGCACAUAAAGCAUUCGUUCGAUGGCUCGCAGAAUCAAAUUUGUUCGCCGCCUUAUUCGCAUUACUACCAAGGGAUGCUAAUCGAUUUAUUUAAAGAAGAAAAUAAAGGGAUAUCUUGCAUGAUAGAAAAAAUGCCGAAGAAAAUACUAUUACGUCGUAAAACUGAGUUAACUUUGAAUUCAAGGCAUUUUAUUCCAUAUAUAGAUAGUUCUAGUUGGCUUUAUGUAGAUCCUAAUCCUAUGUGUACUCAAUAUUUGGAAUAUGCUAUGCCGCCACCGAAAAGAAAAAUUCAUCGUCAUCAUCACCAUCAUCGUCCUCGACACCACGAAAGACACCGCCGAGUAAUGAGUGAUCCAGGUAGAGGAUCUUGGAAUUAUCUCGAUAAUCUUUAUCAAACGAAACAACAACAACAUCGAAGAGGGUUCAGUUUCAGCGAAUAUAAUAAUGAAAUGCAAACAUCGAUAAUACGAACUAACGAGAUGGAUAAGUUUUGUCUACCAUCCGAAGAAACAAGCGCAUCGACUUUUAGAAAAGUGCCAUGGCACCCGAAUUUACAUAUGUUGAAGAUAAGAAGAACGUGAAAUGCCCUUAUGUGCUAUAUUCAACAUUUUUCAACGAUGACAUCAAGUUUAUUUAUCGUAUGCAUGCACUUGGCUUUCAUAUUUCGAAUUGAUAAUUCAAACGCGAUUCGAACGCGAUAGCGCGUAGCUUACUUUAUUUAUUAUUAUUUCAUUGACAAUUAUAUUUUGUACAUAAAUAAAUAUCGGAAUUAUACUAAUUUAUGCUUUGUAAAGAAUAAAUUGACAAUGAGUUAACACCAAAUUAAUUGAGCCGAUCGACUCUAUUUAUCUGGACGUUUGUUUGUUCGAACGUUUAUAUUUUAUUAUAAUAUAUCAAUACUAUUUACUAUUUUACCAUUUUGAUCAUUCCUAUCAUUAGGAUAAUAUGAUGUUUUUCUUAUUUAUUUGUAUUAUUUAACAAAAGUUUGAAAAAAGAAUUACGUCCCACCAUGUUAUGACUUGAGGAUCAUAGGUUCCUUCGUUUUCUAUAAUAUACGUAAUAUUACUACUUUAUAGAUUUAACAGGAUGAAAAAAUAAUAUAUUUAUCACCAUAUAUUUUCCACCAAGUUACGAAACAGUUAAAUAAUAAUAAAUGCGUGGGUGAAAUGUAGAAAAAUAGCGUUGCGAAAGCCUUAUCAGCAGAAAGCCUUAUUUCGUCGAUUUUCCUUAUUAGCUCGAUUUCCGAUUAGCUAUUUUCAAAGGGCAAUAAUGACAAUUAUAUAAUGACAAAGGAUACAAAAUAUAAUCGAAAAACAAACUCUAUUUUAUGUAUGACAUAUUUCUAAGACUAAAAAACAUUGUAU